GUAGCCCCUAAAUUUAUCUCUGAGACAGACAAUUUAAUGGAUUACUGUACCCGAUUCAGUACAACUCAAAUCCAAGACAAUACUGAGUCUGCACUAAAAAUUAAAGACAAGAACCUUGAUAAUUUUUGGAAUCGAGUCCAGAGCGCAUAUGAUUUAGUAGUAGAGACUGAGGAGCAGGACCUUCCCGAGGACUUCAAAGCCUCCGCUUAUAAUAAAUACAGGUCAUGCCUCAUAACGUAUGAAGAUAUGAAAGCCCAGAUUGGUGAUCAACUCCUGCUUCUUAAUCAAGCAACCAAUACCACGCCUACUCCCAGUAUGUCUCAACCCCAGGAAAACUCUAGCUUCGGCUUAAAGGUCCCACCGUGCGAUACGGAAACAUUUUAUGGGGGUUAUGAGCAAUGGCCGUCUUUUCGUGACAUGUUCACGGCGGUAUAUAUUAAUCACCCAAAACUCACAAAAGCUCAGAAAUCGUACCAUCUCCGGUACAAGACUCAAGGCAAAGCCGGCCAAAUAGUGAAACAAUUCCCACUGAGCGAUGAUAAUUUUGAGCUGGCAUGGGAAGCCUUACGGUCUCGCUAUGAGAAUAAAAGAGUAUUAGUUGACAACCAAAUACGUAUUCUCAUGAAUUUAAAAUCUAUUCAAGUGGAGAACAGUGAAGAUAUUCACAAACUCCAAUCAUCAGUGAAUAACUGUCUCCAAAUUCUCGCCACCCAACAAGUCUCUACAGAGAGAUGGGACCCCAUAAUAAUUUACCUCGUCACCUCAAAGCUUCCUGAGAACACAGUGGCUCUGUGGAAGCAAUCUCUCAGUUCCAGGAAAGACCUUCCGAACUGGACCCAAAUGAACCAGUUCCUAACCACUCGAUAUUAGGUGGUCGAAAGCGUUGAUCAAUGGCUCCCAGCCAAACCAAGACCCAAUCCCCAAAAUUCCAUUUUAGUUAGAAACCCUCAACUGCACAACAGACCCCCCUUCAAACCUUCUCACUUUCAACAGUCGCAUAAUAAAUCAUCGACGCAAGUCCAAUUGCAUGUGACAGAAUAGCGUACGAUGUAUAAAUGUUCCAUGUGCAUAGAUUCCUCGCACUCAUUGUGGAACUGUCACAGAUUCCGUAAAUUGUCAGUUCAAGAUCGCAGAAAAUUCGUAAGAGAAAACACAUGUGCUUUAACUGCCUCUCUCAGUCACACUCUCUGAAAGAUUGUCCAAGUACUCAAAACUGCCCCAAUUGUCGAGAAAGACACAACUCAGUGCUUCAGCACAGCACAGCCCCUCCGCCAAAAAGGGAAGACUCUCGAGUACAAAGGACCACAUCGCAGGUAGCCAUGACUGAUAUCCCGAGCCCCAACUUGCAAGCCCCACAAGAAACAGAAGAAAAAGAUGAUUUACCGUCAAGUUCUAAUGGAACCAGAGUAUAAUCGUACUACUCUGAAAAUGAGAGUAAAGUCCUUCUCCCUACAGCGAUAGUCUCAGUAGAACAGAGAGGAGAACUAUUUAAACUCCGAGCUCUCAUCGACCAGGGCUCAGAACGGAGCUUCAUUUCUUCUAAGGCCCAAAACAAACUGAGAUUACCAUGUCAAAGCUCGAACUUUGAAAUCUCCGGCAUGGGUGGGACGGUAGUUCAGACUUCGAACAAAAUCUGUUCUCUGGACUUAGUCUCCUCCAACUUGGCUACAAAAGUCACUGCUCAAGCAAUUUUGCUACCCCAACUAACAAAAAUACUCCAAGGAUUCCAGCCAACUCGCGAACAACGCGAGAAGUGGUCUCAUAUUAAGCUAGCAAGACCCCAAUUGUCAUUCCCCAUCUCAAAUCGACCUAGUGAUAGGCAGCGAUCUCAUCCCGCAAAUCAUGCUUGAAGGCAUGGAGCAUAUCUCAAAAAAAUCUGUUAGCACAAAAUACUACAACAACUUCUGGAGUCCCAACUACGAAAGUUCUGGGAGGUAGAAGAAGUGCCGACACCCAACCUCAUGAGUCCUGAAGAUAAGCUAUGUGAGGAGUUAUACCAAUCCACUACAUCGCGCACACCUGAAGGUCGCUACGUAGUCCGGCUUCCUUUCAAGCCAAGCUUCCCGAAGGAAAUAUCUUUAGGUCAAUCUCGCACCACAGCUCUCCAGCAAUUUUUCAGUCUGGAGAGAAGUCUUCAAAAAAAACCGACUUUAAGCCCCUGUAUGAUAAUGUCUUAGGGGAAUAUCUCACCCUAAAUCAUAUGCAAGAAACAGCUUCCUAUGAAAAAUCCUCAGAAGGAAAAUAUUAUUCCUUCUACCUCCACCACCACGCGGUUGUCAAACCCGAAAAAAGAACCACCAAGGUACGUGUCGUAUUUAAUGCAUCACGAAGAUCAGGUUCCGGACUCUCUCUUAAUGAUGUUCUCUAUACCGGACCAACACUUCAACCCGAUCUGAUGCUAUUAAUCCUCAAAUGGCGCACGUAUCAGUUUGUGUUCAAUGGCUAUGUAGAAAAAAUGUAUUGUCAGAUACUUUUACAUAAAGACCACCAGAAUUACCAGAGAAUUAUAUUUAGAUCAUCUCCAAGCAGCCCCA